GUUUCUGAAGAAGACCAACCAUGCUCAGUCAACCUCCAUCACAUGAUUAAGUCAAACAACAACUAACUAACUUUUUAAGCUUGUGGUAUUGUAAUUUCCAACAUUGAUUUGAUUCUCCUCUGAUCACGUCCAACUGAAAACAUCAGACUGAGCAGCAGGAGAGUCCUAACACUGGGUCAACGGGCAAGGAGCGCUGCAGCUCUCCCACCUGUUUAUUGGGGGCAAUUAGUGUUCAGGGAGGUUUUAAAACUCAGCACAUACUGCAGGCAGCGUCACUGCAGCAGGAACCUGAGAUGAGGCGGUGUGUAGCUGUCGUCCUAGCAGUGCUGCAGCUCUGCAGCCCAGCGCUGCAGUCUGACCUGCAGCUCUUCGUCUCACAGCUGCAGGACGGACAAGAAAAACCCAGCAAGCCAUGGCUUAACCCCACGCUGGAGGAUGUUGUCCCUUCUCGGGAAAUCAUCAAACCUCCCAAAAUUAGAGAGAUGCCGCAAAACGAGAUGACCUCACACUCCUUCCCCAUGUUUGGUGAACACACGAACCUGAAGUGGGUCACAUGGAAUGGCUCCCUUCCAAACGGCGCUGUCGCCAUCUUCAACGGCUACACCGAACGCACCGACUACGUGUGCAAAGUCAACUGCGAGGCCGGCUUCUACACUCCCAGCAAAGGGAACUUCUGCCAGUACCCGUACGCCGACCACGAGUACGCAUCCUCCAAGUUCGAAGUGCUGGUCAACGUGGACCACUUUGAGUUCCUGGAGUGGGUUGAAGAUUCGUACGGGUCCGUUCCCCCGUAUGCUGUCAGAACCUGCCCCGACGUGGACAUCUACGUGGGCAAAAACAAGUAUGGUCUUGGCAAGGUGGUGACCAAACACGAGGCCUUCUUCCUCCCCUGGGAGGGCGAUGAGUACUGGUACAAGAGCUACCAGGUGCUCGCUAUCAACAGAGACAGCUACAGUCAGCACAUCUCUCACGUGGAGUACGGCAUCGACCAGAUGGAGCUGUUCCACUAUCCUCCGGAAACCCUGCAACUCGCCAAGGUCACCAACCUGGAGUGCAGCAGUGUGGCGAAGACGGUGAAGCUGGAGAAGACCAGCACAGUGGAGAAGAGCUGGGACAUCGGCCGACAGACCCGCAACGGCUCCGUGUCCACCAUGAAGGCCAAAGUGCCCAUCCUUGGCCCGGGGACCGUGGAUUUCACCAAGGAGCAGACAGUGACCUUCUCAGAGGGGACCACCAUGAUGGAGUCCAUCAGUCAUUCUGUGUCCGUGGAGCUGCUCGUCCCUCCCAACCACUCCUGCAGCGUGAGGAUGGACGGCAGGAAGAUGACGGCAGACAUCCCCUUCACCGGCAGGCUGAGCAGGACCAACUACAACGGAGACACCCACUGGACGACCAUCACGGGCACCUACGACGGCGUGAGAGUCGGUGAGAUCAACGCCGUGGUGGAGAGGUGUCAGCCGGUGACUGAUGCUGUUCCCUGCUCUCCAGCUGAAGACUGAUGAGCCGUCUGUUAAAUUUACAACUCGAAGACCAAAUAUAAAAAACUUUUUGCAAAUAAAAAUUCACUGAACUUCAA